UCCACACCCGCCGGCGCAGCCCCGCCACGAGACUCUGACAGCGGCGGGGCCGGCGCGGCUCGGACGCGCAGGGACCUGCGGACCCCAGCGACGAAGGAGGACGAGAGGACCGCGGCCCGGGGCCAAGUGCGGGAGGCGAGCAGGGCCGGAGGCGCGCGGAGAUCCCCUCUGAAGCAGCUGGGAGCUCCCCUCUGAAGCAGCUGGGAGCUCAGAAGCUCUCUCCAUCCCUGAGGAGUGGAUUAGCCACAAGAGCAAGAAGUGAUGGAGUGGAGUCCACCCAGCGCCUGAGGCAUGAGCAGAAUCCACACCCAUUAGACCCAGAGCCUCAGAGUGGGAGGCUGCACUGCUGGGGAGAUCUAAGAAGAAUCAAUACUUUGGCCCCUGGCGACAUGUACACGGUGUAAUGACAGGAAAUGAGCAGAUUUGCAGAAAACCUGGUGUCCUGAAAUUUAAGACUAAGACAUCGGUGCUUGGCUCUGGCUGAGAACAUGGCCAAUGACAUUGAUGAGCUCAUUGGCAUUCCCUUCCCCAACCACAGCAGUGAGGUCUUGUGCAGCCUCAAUGAGCAGCGGCACGAUGGCCUGCUGUGCGACGUGCUCCUGGUGGUGCAGGAGCAGGAGUAUCGGACCCACCGCUCCGUCCUGGCUGCCUGCAGCAAGUACUUCAAGAAGCUCUUCACCGCCGGCACCCUAGCCAGCCAGCCCUACGUCUACGAGAUUGACUUCGUGCAGCCUGAGGCUCUGGCCGCUAUCCUGGAGUUCGCCUAUACCUCCACGCUCACCAUCACUGCCGGCAACGUCAAGCACAUCCUCAAUGCCGCCAGGAUGCUGGAGAUCCAGUGCAUCGUGAACGUGUGCCUGGAGAUCAUGGAGCCUGGCGGGGACGGCGGGGAGGAGGAUGACAAGGAGGACGACGACGAUGACGAAGAUGACGAUGAUGAAGAGGAUGAAGAGGAGGAGGAAGAGGAAGAGGAGGAGGACGACGACGAUGACACGGAGGAUUUUGCUGACCAAGAAAACUUGCCCGACCCCCAGGACAUCAACUGCCACCAAAGCCCUUCCAAGACGGACCAUCUCACGGAGAAGGCCUAUUCAGACACCCCCAGGGACUUCCCUGACUCCUUCCAGGCUGGCAGUCCUGGCCAUCUGGGGGUGAUCCGGGACUUCUCCAUUGAAUCUCUGCUGAGGGAGAACCUGUACCCCAAAGCCAACAUCCCCGACAGGAGACCCUCCUUGUCUCCGUUUGCUCCAGACUUCUUCCCACACCUCUGGCCAGGGGACUUCGGUGCCUUUGCCCAGCUGCCUGAGCAGCCCAUGGACAGUGGGCCACUGGAUCUGGUCAUCAAGAACCGGAAGAUCAAGGAGGAGGAGAAGGAAGAGCUGCCCCCGCCCCCACCACCACCCUUCCCUAACGACUUCUUCAAGGACAUGUUCCCUGACCUGCCUGGGGGGCCUCUGGGCCCCAUCAAGGCAGAGAACGACUACGGUGCCUAUCUCAACUUCCUGAGUGCCACCCACCUGGGGGGCCUCUUCCCACCCUGGCCCUUGGUGGAAGAGCGCAAGCUGAAGCCCAAGGCCUCUCAGCAGUGCCCCAUCUGCCACAAAGUCAUCAUGGGGGCCGGGAAGCUGCCACGGCACAUGAGGACCCACACCGGGGAGAAGCCAUACAUGUGCACCAUCUGCGAGGUCCGCUUCACCAGGCAGGACAAGCUGAAGAUCCACAUGCGGAAGCACACGGGUGAGCGGCCCUACCUGUGCAUCCACUGCAACGCCAAGUUCGUGCACAACUACGACCUCAAGAACCACAUGCGCAUCCACACGGGCGUGCGGCCCUACCAGUGCGAGUUCUGCUACAAGAGCUUCACGCGCUCCGACCACCUGCACCGCCACAUCAAGCGCCAGAGCUGCCGCAUGGCGCGGCCCCGGCGCGGCCGCAAGCCCGCCGCGUGGAGGGCAGCCAGCCUGCUCUUCGGGCCCGGCGGCCCGGCCCCCGACAAGGCGGCCUUCGUGAUGCCGCCGGCGCUGGGCGAGGUGGGCGGCCACCUGGGCGGCGCCACCGUGUGCCUCCCGGGCCCCAGCCCCGCCAAGCACUUCCUGGCGGCGCCCAAGGGCACCCUGAGCCUGCAGGAGCUGGAGCGGCAGUUCGAGGAGACACAGAUGAAGCUGUUCGGGCGCGCGCAGCUGGAGGCCGAGAGGAACGCGGGGGGCCUCCUGGCCUUCGCGCUGGCAGAGAACGUGGCGGCGGCGCGGCCCUACUUCCCGCUGCCCGACCCUUGGGCCGCGGGCCUGGCCGGCCUCCCUGGGCUCGCCGGCCUCAACCACGUGGCCUCCAUGUCUGAAGCCAACAACUAGGCGGGUCCCUGUCGACUCCAGCCCUCCAGUCCUCCUCCCUCCAGGCCCGCUGUACCCCACCCCAUGGAUCUGAACUUUUCAUUUUAAAAACCCAAAGGGAAAAAUGAAAAAAAAAAAAAAAAAUACUAGCAGUGAUGGCAUUUUCCCGGGCUCCUAAAGCAGCGGCCUCCUUUUGCUGGUGUCUGAGAGGGGCGUCUCCUCCCAAAGAGCCUGGAGCCCGGGCCUCCCCCCUCCCGGCUGUCUCUCUGGCUCUCAUAUAGAAACUUGCACUGGCCCAUGCCACACGGAGCUGGGUGCCCAGCAGCACUUAGGAGGUGGGUGAGUUAUGAGCGGUCAGGGGCGGUUGGCCUGAUGCCCAGCCAGGCAGAGCAGGAGGAGGGUAGGGGCUGGGCAUGCCCCUUGGUUAAGCCCCACCCGCUGUAGUAGAGUCUCCGCCAACACUCCUCUGAGGGCUCAUUUUCCAGUCUCCAGUGGCCCCAGGAUCCUUUUCAGAACUAGCCACCUGCCACCUAGAAAGAAAUGCUCUUUGGCAGGGAGGCCUCCUGGAGUCAGGAACCAGGCUCUGGGAGGCCAGGGCCAUUUUUCCCUUACCUGUCCUGUGACCUUGACAGGUCAGCCCUCUGUAGCUCGGUGUCACCUGACUAUUGAAGGGGCUGGUCACUUAGGUUCCCUUCCUCUGCCCCUAAACACAUAUACACCUGUCUCCCCAGAGAAUCCUGGAGAGGACAGAAGCUUUGUACUCCCCAGGUCCAUGGGGGAAACAGUUUAUCUUUCUGGACUUAGUUUUAUCACAUCCAGCUAUUACCAUAUUCGCAUAGGUGAGAACUAUGGCCAUACUAGACAGAGGUCACAGGAGACAGGGGAGCUUCAGAGUGUCACCGAAGCCCACAGGCAGCUCUGGGAACUCCCAAUGCCACCCUACUUUCCCUGCAGGCCGCUGUUGAUGUCUGGACCCCUGGGGGCACUAUUUAGUGUUUACCCCAUCUCCAAUGCCCCCUCCAAGGCUGAGCAGGGUCUUGGGGCUCUCAGGGCCAACAUCAAAGAGCUGGGGGCCAACUCUCAACACCUAGCAACUGUCUCUCCUCACCCUGAUUCCUGAAAACAGACAAAAUGCCUGGUUUUCUCGGGUUUAUCUGUUUGCUUUUUGAGUUAUGGGUUCCUCAGGGCACGGCAUGGCUAAUGAUGGUCCCCUUUGUUGUGUGAGAACCCCCUCCAUCUCUUCGUCCUCCCUGUGGGGGUGGAGUAUUUGGGUCCCCUUUUUUGGCAAAAGGGCUCAGUGCAGGGAGGCAGAAGCCUCUGAGGCUUGAAGGGCACUGUGACACUGUGACUUAGGGCUGCCACGUGUCCUCCUGGUUCACGAGUUUGAAGCAGGUCCUGAAAAGGAAGGCUUUGCUGGCCCCAUGCCUUCCUGACCUUCUCUCUCCUUCCCUCCCCUCUCUGUUCUGGCUGAGUUUGCUUUGGUUUCUCAGCAGCCCAGAGAGGAGUAGGGUUCAUCCCCAGGGAGAGCCCAGGGCUGGAGUCCCCAGUCCCUGUGCUGUGGGCACAAAGAGACUUCAGCUCUUCCUGUCGCCUUGGCUUUUUCCUGAGCAAACACAACAAACAAAAAGGCCGAGAAGAGCACAGACUCUGUCCCUGUCACAGCUCUCCAGAAGAGACCCCUCCGAUUCUUUGUACCACCGGAUGCCACUCCAGCCUGCAGGAUUGCUACACACAUACCCUCUGUCCUCAGAAGUCAUCUACCUGGGCAGCCGCCUCUCAGAUUCCUGUCUUCAUUUCAGACCCUUGCCUCUGAAGCAUGCCCGUAUCCACCAGCCAACGUGCCCGCGUUCCCCCCUUCCCCAAUCAGCCAAGCGAUUGGGGCAAAACCAAACUUUAAAAAAGAAAGGAAAAGUGAAUAAAUUGGAUUCCAGUGGUGUUGGGGCUUUCGUUUUUAUUUUGUAAAGGUAAUGACUUCUUAUAAACUCAAUUUUUCAGAUGA